CCUGGGCCUCGAGAGAACCACUUACCCCAGUGCAAGUUUUAUACUGAAGUCAGGAACUUCGAGGACGAUGCAACCACUACCAAUCGGACAGUAAGCCCGGAUCUAUGUGCGACACAUGCGAUCGGUUCGGCUUGACUCGGGUCUUUGUCUUCCCCAUCCAUGACAUAAUCCGUCAACUGACCUCAUCAUGAUUCAAGCCACGGCACCUACAAGUAUAUAUAGAGAUAACUUCUUCGUCCCCAAGGUUCUCAAGUCCUUCAUCAGCGUUGAAGCCAAAACAAUAAGUCAAACGAUCAAACCAAUACAUUUAUCAUCCCAUUCAACCACAACUUCGAACAACAUGGGUUGCGAUUGCGGUUCCGGAAACACCUGCGGAUGCAGUGGACCUAGCAGCUGCACUUGCGGAAGCUCGUGCUCUUGCAAGCAGUGCGGCAAGUAAAAUCCUGCACCCCUCUUGAAUCCAGUCCAAACUGGUCACCUGAGUGAUGAAUCAUGACGAUGAUUAAUGGUGGAGGAUGUCAUUCGCCAAGGCGUGGAAAUGUUCCUCUGGAUUAUCAUGUACCUU